CCUAUAAAUUUCCCAGGCGGGGUUAAUCAUUUUGGGAUAACAGAAGAGAAGUGUACAGGGGCGGAGCAGACUGUGGUGCAGCAGCAGGCACGAGAGUCACAGCCUGUCUAUACCCGGGACAGCAGAGAUGCCACGUGCAGCCGGGCAGGGGGGCAAAAACAUCAUCAAGAAGGCGCUGAGAAGAUUCAUCAAGGGGCCUGCCCCCGAAGUGUGCCCCCUCCUGUCCAAUAAAGACCGCUCCAAAGGAAAUCAAUGCCUGAAAAAAUUCAAGGAACAUUUAACAUUUGAGGUCCCGAUCACGAAUUCCAUAAAACGGAAAAACAAGGGGACUCUGGACGAUGAAGUUCAGGAGGGCGGCAUAUCUAAAGAGGAAAAGCUCAAAAGUCUAAUAGACAAAAACCAAUACUACGACGCCUGUUUAUUGAUCCAUGAUGUGGAGCAAACAGGACAAUUGGAUAGUAGUGAAUUGUAUGACGUCCUAGCCCAGGAGAUGUGGGGAUCCUUGACCCUGGCGCUUGAUGGUGAUCACAACCGGAUUGCGAGUCUUCAGUUUAUCUCUCAAUGUAUUCAAUGGACAAAGCAGCAAAAAGACAACAAGGGUCCGGACUGGAGGCCACAGAACUGGGGCACUGAGAUGGAGAGACUGUUCGAGAAUGAUAUAAAGAAGCGGAGUCCAAGACAUGACCCCAAAAGAGGCCUGCACUAUUAUCUGGAGGAACUUGAGAAGAACAUUUCAGACACUAUACUGAGACUUGAGCGAUUUCCAGAGGUCCUGACAGCCGCCUACCUGAAGUGCCUCCAUGUUGUGUUACUGAGUCACCUCACCUCAUUGGUCAAUGAGAAACAGAAGUAUGAAGAGUAUGUGCUGCUGCUUAAAUGGGCCCAUAAGGAACAUAGAAGGCUGUGCGUACUCAGGGUUGGCUCAGAGAACUUUGAUCCUUUGCUAUUUGGAAACUGGUUUUCAGACAGUGGGAACAAGAUUGUAUCUGCUAGACGGGAUAUAAUGUACAGGACAUUCGUGGAAAUUCUACAGAGCGAAAUUGUGUGGAUUUCGUAUCCGAAACAUGAGGUUCGGUAUUAUUUCACCGAUGUCUUGGAGGAAGGAACUAGGAUACGCAAAGCAGUGGAAGUCCUUGGGGACACCAUAGUUUCUAGGCUACAAUCCUUAUUUUGGGAGGAGUUUUUGCACUUUGUGACCAGAUAUAAAACAUUCCUAACUGAGAAACUAGGAGGACUGACCUCUGAGAAUGGGAUUUGCGUUGGGAUAAGAAUUGUUAAGAAUUGCUGCAUUUUACGAAACACAAUGAAUAAUUUGGACGCAGCACCACAGGACCCAGGAAUACAGAGAAUUCGGAGACUACUUGGAGAAUGUGAGAACAAAGGGAUUGACCUCAUACUGAGCAACUUGAAACCAUCAUUGAAGGAAGCUUUCAAAAAUUACUUUCGGAAGAACUGCGGUCAGUACGAGAGCGUCCUCAGAAGCUUAAAGCGCAUGAUAGUAAAGGAGGAUAUUCAAAAUGACCAGACGUUGGUUACACUAAUUCACCACCGACUUGUCGUCCUAUUCAUUCACUCAUUUUUGAAAUGGUCAAAAAAAUUAUCCAAUCAAAACGCAGGAGAGAUAUUUUCGAAUGGAAGCAAAAAACUGCAGGAUUUUUUUUCGGAUAUGGUCUUAGAUAAUCAUCUCCUGCCCAGUAAUCCACUGAAUUUUAUAUCGGAAAUGCUGACAGCAAAUGACCACCAGGCUCUACGUACAACAACCAUCUUCUUUAUUGAGGAACACCAAGACUUAAGGGAGGAGCAUCUUAUCGCCAUCUUGAAUAUUAAAGGGAACCUCAGCAGUAAAGAUAAAGAAGAUCUUUUAUAUUACAUACGCAACAGGGUGAUGGACCGCGGCCAAAACAAACUGCGUUUCUUCGAAGGUAUUCAGAAGGACCAUAGUAGACUGAAGGAUUUCUUAUGCUGCUUAUUCUAGUCCGUCUGUGUCUGUUAUGUCCGGAUAUAAUAUUUUUUUGUAUUUAUUGUAAUUUAAACCUGAGUGCACUAUGUACAGAAAUAGAGUUUAUUGGCUUAUCGAUGACCUAGAAAAAUAAAAGAUGGUGUUUUUACAUAUAUUUGCCAUAUUUAUGUGUGUUUUAUUUGAAUUUUUGCGUAAAUUUGCCAAAACAUUUUCAUACCACUGUACACACACAUUUCUGCAUUAAAUAAAUAAAUGGAUAAAUAGGCCACUCAUUUUAAAAUACUAAUUUUGGGGGAAGAUUGAUCGAGCUGUUUUAUAGUAAGGGUCACACUAUGGACAGCCAUUGGCUGUC